GGUUCGUCUGUUUCGUCUGCUCACUGCACGCAUUCCUUGAGCGGAGUAUGCUCCUGAUACGAUACGCUUGAUGGCGGAAAGCUCAAGCGGCUUCGCUGCUGACUGCUGAGUCCAAGGGACCAUGCUGUACAAAAACUCGUUUAUCCUUACGACAUGCCCCUCUGUAUAACUCCACCACGAUUUGGUGGAUCUCUACUUACGCGAACAACUUCCCCCGACAUGCCCCCGCUCGCCUCCGUCCGUGCGUCGAACGCGAACUUCUCGCCAGCCUCGCCUCCAGUUGCGAUCUUCCUCGGCGGGACGUCCGGCAUCGGACGCGGCACCGCACAAGCCUUCGCCAGACAUACCAACGGCAACGCGCACAUCAUUCUCUACGAGUUCGUGGAAUGCGACGCGAGCCUGAUGCGGAACGUCGCCGCGACGACGUCCAGCCUCCGCUCACGGCUCACGAAAGUGAAUUACGUCGUGCUGACGUGCGGCGCGCUCCCGAACGCGUGGCAGGUCCUGCGGGGCGCGCGGGCGCCAACGGCGGAGGGGAUCCCAGACGCGCUGCUCGCGGUAGCGUACUACGCGCGCGCGAAGUUCGCGCUCGACCUCCUGCCACUUCUCCGAGCAGCGCGCGAGGCGGGGGAGGACGCGUCUUUGCUGAACGUGCUCGCAGCUGGGCGCGGCGGGCCUGUCGAUUUGGACGACUUGGGCUUCCAGAAGCCGUGGAGUGUGAGGACACUGCGGCCGACAGUGAUCACAUACACGGACGUGAUGGUCGAGAGCCUAGCAGCCCUCGCUCCCGGCGUGACCUUCACGCACAUCUUCCCUGGGCUCGUGAGCACGCCACUGCUCCCGGGCUGGGCACGGCCCCUCGCGGACGUGUUGUGCACGUCGAUCGACGACUGCGGCGAGUACAUGCUCUACGCGGUGCUCGACGGCGGAGGAGGGGUGAGGCGAAAGGGCCCGCGCGGCGACGACAUCGGGAUGGUGGGUUAUUAUGGUGGAGUGGAGGUCCGUGAGCGCGUAUGGGCGCAUACGAUGGAGGUGAUCAGCCGUGCGUUGGUGACUACUGGGGAUAGCGGGUGGUUCGAUGGCUGAGGUUUGCAUGGCUGGACUCCCUGCCGACAAUGCAAUGUUAAUUUAUGCUGGACUAGGCGUACGGAUCGAUGACUGGGCCGCCGAAGUGUACUGCUUCUUGGUCGCGCAUGUCCGUAUGGGAAUGGGAAUGCGCAGGUUUGAGCUCGUGUACUCGAUGGGCUACUGUUUCGCGAAGCCGAAACCCCUUCAGCGCCAAUCGAAUGCAUCGUCCGCAUACUGAAGUCGGGGUUCGCGAU